CCUACCUCGAUCGAAGAGUUAUGAUUCAGUUCAAUAUACAUCAGACAACGUGAUCAUGGAACAGUUAGUCUUUCGCUUCGAAAUACAAUCUAUCGAUUCUUUGAACUCAAAAGGUUUAUACUUCAACAUUAUUCAUGAGCUCCUUGAUAUCAGUGAACUCAGAAGGGUUUUACCAAUUCGCUGUUACCAUCGUUGACCAUCGUUGUUCCUCGACUGUUCCUCUUUCCCUUUGUUGUCAUCGUCUAAAAACAGAGCAUCGAGGCCGAUCCAGAAAUAGUUCCAGCCCCGUUUAUUUAUGCGUUGUCAUUCAUAAAGACAACGAUGUGUCCUCAUCAUCUCUACAUAGAUUCCCAUCCCAAGCUUUCCUUGAAUCCUUCACUUCAGCCUGGUGGCUGGUCCUUCUCCUUCAUUUCUCUCUUUUAGCCGAAGAAUCCUGUUGCUCUACAACAAAUGCUCACAUCGAUUGUGUUAUUUUUUGUAAUGCUUCCGUUCACUCUGGCCGCCCCGAGCAAAUACGUCUCGGACGUAGUGAACGCCACUCAAACUGUGAACUUCACCUCCAUUACAUCCGGAUAUUGCGGGACGAGUUCAUGCACUUCGUUUCUAAGGCCGCCUCUUACCUUAGUCAAAACCUCGCAACGUGUCUUCAGUGUGGCUACGACAAUGUUGCCGGAAUGACUCUAUUUUCAGCACAGCAAUAUUUAACUAGUUUCACGACUGCUUGUGCUGCUAAUGGGACAUCGGUGGAAACGGAGACCCUGGGGAUGAACAGUGCUGAAACUCAUCUUGUCGUCAACCUUGAAAUUUACGUCGCUCUGUGGGCGGUCGUAUUUUGGAUAUCUCUUGUGUAAAAAUACGUGUGGCUCCGUUGAACAGCUACAUAAUUUUACCAACAGGCGUCUUCAUUGAGGACAACACAAGUUUUCAUGAGGUAGAAAUUACAGAAUAUACUUAAAGCAAAGGAAAAUGAAUGUGUGAAUUCCAAGCAUGGAGAUAGGCGAAGGAAUGUAGUUGAACGAGUUAGGCUGAAAGCUGACUGAA